UUAUUAUUUUAUUAUCUAUCCAAAACCUUGCUGUUGCUCCAUUACAGAUUCGCAACUUGAUCCAUUCAUGCAUUUUAUCUCUCAUCUUAACAAGUUUGAAAAAACUCAUGAGUGCCGGCUUGAUAGUCCAGAAGUUGUUGAGGCAGCCAUCUAAUAGACCACUAAAGAUGAAUCAUCCCUUUUAUAGAGAUAUCGCCGCUGCUGAUAACGCGCCUACUCAUCCAAUUGUCUUGCCCUCAACUUCUCAGUGUUCUACCAUGAGUUCCUCAAUUCUUCAGACAAAGCUUGUAACAUGGCCAAGAUCUAUGUUGUUGUUUAUAUUAGGACUAAUGUCUCAUUCUGCUUAUACCACAACUCCUACCUCAGCAUUUGAAGAAGCGAUAGCUGAGCUUGACACACUGGGAGAAGAAUCCUACAAAGACAGCGCUCUCAUUAUGCAGUUGCUCAGGGACAAUCUUACCCUCCGGACCUCCGAUAUGCAGGAGCAGAUGGACGAGGCCUGAGGAUCUUUGAUGGAAAAAGGGAGAGACUUAUGCUGCCAUUUUUCCGAUCUCAAAAUCCUCAUAACAUUGGCUUGAAAAAUAUAUUAUUUUCAAUUGUUUAUGAUGAGUUAUGUGCACAGCUUUUGAUGAUUUGUCUACUAUUAUCAUAAAAGUCUAAAACUGUGUUCUCUAAAAAAUUGUAAUCUCUUAAGACUUUGAUGAAGCCUUGAAAAACUCUUUUAUCCUUA